GCCUUGUCGCUCUACCAUGCACUCCGACGGAAGAACCCGAAAACACCCGACGCCGUCCGAUGUCGACGUCAGCAUAUCUCGUUGUUUCGUUUUCGUGCGAAGGAGAGAGAGGAAAAAAAAAACGGCUCUGAGCAAAGCAACAAGAAGGAAGAGCAAUGGCGACACUGGAUCGCCAAAUACCAAGUCCGGAUACCUUCCUCUGCCAGCCUUGGUCUUCCUUCGUCAGUGCAGCUAAAUUACGCGUUGUUGACAACUCGUCCGUGGACAACACCGACAGAGAGCCGUACUGCCUUGGUGAAGCUGUGAACCUCAGUAAAGAAGAUAUGCUUGUCUACAGCCAGUUUCCAGCACUGGAGGAUUUUUGUCUUGUUGUCUGCCAUGUCUGCAAUCAGGUGGUCACUCCUCAGGGCAUCCUCACACACUAUGAAAAGCGCCAUGGCUCCCCUGCUCCCUCCCGGAGUCCCCUGGUCCCUAUGAAGCCCAAAGCCCCCGCGGUGGCCCCUGCUGUGACCCCCAGUCCAGGGGACACAUUGGCUUUCAGGGUCCCUAAAGACUACCCUCACUCCCGCUUCAGCAAAGCACCACUUGCUGUCUAUCCACCAAAGGGGGCGCGCAACAAGACAUGUGUGUCCCUCCCAGUCGUGAGCCUGGAGAAGAUGCCUUGCCUCAGCCGAGCCAACUCUGCAUCGCAUGUGCGCCUCUCCUCCUCCUCCUCCUCCUCUUCCUCCUCCUCCUCUUCUUCUUCCCCCUCCACCCACAAACCUCCAUCUCACACUCCUCCAGCUUCCCAGCGGUCAAGCGAAAAGCUCAUGAAUGGCCGCAGCACUGGUGGGCCAUCCACACCGCGCUCCACCACGCCUCCAUCCUCUCUGGAUGGACGUCCCAGUCCAGCUCGAUCUCCACUGGAUAGACGACCAUCGUCCACACCUUCCCCCUCGCCGUUGGACAGGAAACCCUCCCCGUCACCUUCACCCUCUCAAAGAUGUAGUGCUCUACCAUCAUCUUCAUCAUCCUCAUCACCAUUGGAUAAGAAGCACCAGAAUGGAACAAAAACAUCCUCCAGGUCACACAAAAGGCUCUCAGGGAGAGUGUUUGAUCCUAACAAGCACUGUGGAGUCCUGGACCCUGAGACAAAACGACCCUGUACAAGGUCUCUCACCUGCAAGACUCACUCCUUAACUCACCGCCGAGCCGUUCCCGGACGAAGGAAACAUUUCGACAUCCUCCUGGCCGAGCACAAAGGCAGGGCGAAGGAAAAGGAGGGGCCGAAGGAAAAGGAGAAAGACAGAGAUGGAGCGCACGGAGGGAAGGAUGGCUGCAGCCAGAGUGUCCCAUCACAGGAGAUGGUGUGUCCCAGCAAGCCUCACUGCCCCAAUGGACGACCGCUGUCAACGCUGAAGCUACGGCUGGCCAAUGCACACAUACCGAGGUGGGACAGGGUUCCAGGUUCUGCCACCUCCACCUCCAGUCCUCUGCCCCCAGCACCAGCCCCUGUCCCUACGACAAACCCAGAGCCAUCUCCCCAUGGCUGGUUAACGUCAACGGGAGGAGACGGCGGGCGGCUUUCGAGUGACGAGGGAGAUACAGACACCCCAGAAGACUCUGACAAACCCACCUUUCACUGCUCCAGUCACCACCCACAACCUUUAGGGUUGUGUAUAUUCAGCAGUCGACUCAUGGGACGGGGCCACUACGUGUUUGACAGGCGAUGGAACAGGGUGAGGCUGGCACUUCAGAACAUGGUAGAGAAACACCUCAACUCACAGAUGUGGAGGAAGGUGCCUCUGGCUGCUGAAAGUCUCCUCUCCCUCCCCUCCUCUGGUACCUCCUCAGCUGCUUCACUACAGCUUCACCCUUCCUCCCCCAUCUCUGGCAGCUCUCCUCUCCUCACACCUCCCUCUAACUCCUUCUCCUAUAGCGCCACCUUUCCUCAGUCCACAUCGAUGGCCAGGGUGUUCAGCAUCCGAGAUGCCCCACAAUCCCUCGUGCAGAUUUCUGCACUGGGUAAAGCCGGUAAUGGCACACAAAGAGCCAGCCGCCCAUCCAAAGAGAUGGGAGACUCUGUAGUGGGACCGAAGAAGAGAAAAAACUCCUCUUGCUACUCCUUUUCUUCUGCUUCUCCUUCCUUGUUUCCAACUGUGGAUAAUCACAAAAGGAAUGGAAACAGCCAUCAUCCCACAUUACAAAGUUCAGGGGGCACACUUACUACCCCUUCCAGGAAAAAGGGACUUGGCCGUGGGGGAAGUGGACUAUGGAGUGGGGGAGAGGACGGGCUAUCAAGAAGUGAUGGAUCUCCAAGCCUCAAAUCUCAGAACAGUCGUGAACUUGGCACCAGUACACCCUAUUCACCUACUAAAGAGGCAUCCGCUGUCCUUCAUCCACCCAUGGCUGCCCCAUCCAUACCACCGCUUCAUGGAGGAAAAGCAGAAGGGAGGAAAAGGAGAAGCCCCAGUUCCUAUAGAGGGAAGGCCAGCAAACUGAGCAGGCCCAGUGGACUGGAGAGCCUCUUUGGGAAAGGGAACGACAGUGGGGGGAUACUGGCCUCUGGACCAGAGUCACCGAGACAAGCCAAGUUGCAUCACUGACAGAAACCUGUUUGACGGACAGAAUGUUGGGCAGCUGUGCAGGCCACCACCGUUUGUGACCUUUGACCUCACCACUCUUUCACUGACAGAACCAAUCAGACUGCUUCAGCUCGGCAAUGUCACCCUGUUUAGCCAAUGACAGUUGAGUUCACCUACUGUGACAUCAGGGCUCUGGAGUGUUUGCCCACAGUUGGACUGGCAGCCACUUCCUCUCUUCCCUCCUCAAUAUGGAUAGCUUUUGUGGAAAACUGCUGUGCAUCUCUGUGGUCGUGGUAUUUUUAGAACAAGACAGUGGAAUCCAAAAACUGAUCCUCUAGAAAGGGAAUUUGCCGCGAGUUUGAAAACUUUUCAAGGCAUUGUUAGUAAUACCACCACUGUACAGUUUUUGGGGAGACAUUUUAACCAGAUUUUUUUUCUUGGUUGAUUGCACCCCUCUUUCAAGCUCCUGUGUUAAGUCAGCCGGCAAGGAAAACAAUGUGUGAUUGUUUUUUGGGAGUUAGGUGAUUGAAGGACCUACUGACACGACUACUGUAGGACUCAAACUUCAGCUAUGCCGCCUCAGCUUCCCCUGUCCAGUCCUUUCAAUUUUUUUUUUUUUUUUUGGUGACUUUUUCUCUUCCACAAAAAUGGGAAGGAGUGCAGCCGCCUUGGUUGGGUUUUAUCCAGCUUUUUUCUCCUCUUUGAGGCCCUUCCUCCUCCUCAUCAUUAUCAUCAUCAUCAUCUUUUCUUAACUGCUCUUCAUAUCAGGCACCUUCCUGUACAUCUCUGCUCUCCCCUCUCUGCCUUUGUGUACCCAUCAUGCUCGUGUUCAAAGUGCACUUACUCCCCUUUGCUUCCCUUGUCACCGACUCCAGAGCAGCCUCCAGCAGUGCCACACAAGGGAUGAAAACGUCUGUGUUACCAACGAUGCCGGUCAAUGCAUUCAAUUUCAAUAUAGGAAGACAUCAGAUUUUAUUUGAAGAUUGUUUUUUCUUUGCUCUGGUUUAAAUGUUGCAAGAAACACAAACUUGUGUCUGUGUGUCAGGACUUGCAUCCAAAUAUAACUAUUUCUGUAGUUUUUUUUUUGUUUUGUAUAAUAAUUUAUCAUUCUUAAAUGAUGGUUGUUUUCUAACUGACCAUUGAGGUUUGAGCUACAGAGACAUUUUGAGCAAACAUAAUUUCUAUGGCAUUUUGAAGAAAUGUUGAAAGUAUUAUGAUAGUUCAUAUUGUUGAAAAUAUGUACAUAUCUGUUAUUUUUGUAUUUAUUACUAAUUGUCCCCUUUUACAAAAUAUGAUUUAAAGAGGGAGUUUCCUAUCUUGAUUUCAAUAAUGGUAAUGUAAUUGGCCUGGUUUCUCAAAGACAUCAAUUACUUGUUCAUCAGCAAGAAUGAAAUGAAUACUCAUUGUUAGGGGAAAUUAAAAAAAAAAAAAGUAAUUAUUACAUACAGCUGUUGUGUGUGGGGGGUUUGGGCCUGUUUAACAUGUCAAAGUUAGCAUUUCUAAAAAUUAUCAAUGCUGCUGACUUAAAUGAAAGUGAUUCUUCACCAGGAGAUUGGAGUUCUCUGAAUAUUUUGCAUCAGUGUUCAUGAAUGUCCACUUAAAGCGUCAAAAAGAGUCAAAUAUUCAGAAAAUCAGUAAAUGACAUGUAUCUGUACUAGUAUUCCUUUACAUUUAUAAAGUGCCCCAUAGUGUGAUGUGAUUAAUGCUAAUGAACUAGAGGAUGAUUUAGUGAAGCCAGGCCCACAUUAGUAUUCGUGUAAUAGAAAGGGCCCCACAUUCCUGUUUGCCUGUGGUUUCACCCUUUUUCAUCCUUCUUCCAUUGUUCAAAGCUAUACCUGUUUUUAAACUGUCUGUAUCUUCCAAGACCAAUUGGUCUAGUCUCAGUGCGAUUGUGCUUGAGUGUUAUGUCAUAUCACGUUCUAGUCAGUAUGCUUUUGUUUACUUCACAGCUCCGCUCCUCAAAGCCAGAAGGUAAUGCUGGCCAAAGUUGCAGAAGUUGAAAUGAACGUCCAGACUCGAACAUAUUCCCAGCAAUUGAUUAAAUUUGCUUGUUAUCAUUUCUUCUCUGGUGGCUCAUGUACAAGAUGCAAACACGCAGCUAAAUUCAGUUUGCAAGAGUGUAUUGAGGAGAGCGUGAUUAGAUUAUAUUCUUCUCUCAUCUGUGCUUCACCAUUUUACUUACUAAAGUGAAGUAAACGUAGUGUAACUGCGGAUGAAGUGUGGGGCAUGUGAGGCAAUUGUUGCCACAAAUGCAAAAUAACCACCAAAAACAUGGACGUAACCUUUUAAAGAAAUGACCUGAAACGGUCACUGUCCAUUCUCCUGGCGUGAGUGAUGAGAAGGAAGUAAGCGGAAGCAUUUUGACAGGCUUGAUAGAAGCAAGAAGCCGUGAGUGAUGCUCCCACCUGGUACUUGCCAACCACUUCUACGGAAACAGCUUCUAGGAUUUUUUUUGGUUUGUGUUAAAAGCAUCUAAGCACUAAUGAUGAAUGAAUUGUACAUAAUCUGUUGUAUUUGUGUUAUGCUUUUUCCAACUACUCAAAGUGCUUCCCAUGAUGACACUUUAUUGGUGUGUGAGGUCGUCUAACAGCUCUUAGAUCAGUUUAGUAAUUCAGGCUUGGUGGUCUUAUUUUAACUGUAGAUACACAUGGUUUACCUGGGUACUUGGGUGUACAGUUAACAUGCUUACAUAUUUUACAAUGUGCUUUCACAAGUCUCUGUUUGGCAGCCUGUUGCCAUGGUUUUAACAUAAAACACCAACAGUUUCACCACUUUAGAUCAUUUAUGUUGGUUUUAGUGCCUAUAAAGUAAUGGACUAGAAAAUAUGAUCAAUGGAUAAAGACUCCACUGUAUUUUCUCCCUUCUCCCACUCCAUACCUUCUUAUGUGUAUCUACAGAACAAAGUGACAAUUUUGGCACUAAGAUAUUUUUGAGAAACGCCACCCUGACUUACUUUUGUAGUAAUAGGAAUGGGAAGUCACAGCCUGUUGCAGCUAUAAUUCAGAAAAAAGCUCAUGGAUGUUUUCCAAACAUGUACAAUGUCUUUGCUGUUGAAUUUUAUGGAGGUAUUAACAGUUUUCUAAAACCCUCUCCCUUCCUUUUUUUGCACUUUGUCAUAAUGCCCUGAUCUUUAAGCGAGUUCUAUUUAUAUAAAUAUUUGAGAUAUAAAAGUCUAUAUAUAUUUGUAAAAGUGUUUCUGGAACCAACAGUAAAAGAAGAUGAAGAGUAUAUUCUUAGUGAGUUGGUUGAAGGCCCUGAAACCAGCACACUGUUGAUGUUUUUUUCUUUGUUUGUUUUUUUGUUUUUGCAUCUGAUUCAAACUGUGGUGAAUGUUGAAUAUCUAAAAAUGCCUUGUAAGAGUUGAGGUUUAUUCAAGCUCACUGCAGUUGGACCAGAAAAUGGAUUUCCCAUCAAAACAACUAAACACUUGCUGUAAAAAAAAAAAAAAAAAAAAAAAAAAAAAGGUCUUAUAUCCAGGCUUUAAUUAAAUGAUUUCAAGUG